AUAAAUCAGAGAUAACCCCACCCCUACUCCGUGAAAAGGUCUGGCCGGACACUCAGCCCCAGUAUAAAAGGCAGAGGCACCGUUGUUGAAGACACCAGUGCACAAGCUGCUUGGGGAGGCGAGACAAGGGAGAACACGGCAUCAUUGCCUGGCCCAUCGCUUCUGCGGCAUGGAUCUCCUGAAGGUGCUGUCCCAGAUGAUUCUGUUUCUGCUUUUCCUUUAUCUGUCACCGCUGGGAGGUCACUCCUAUCCUCUGGGAAGUCCUAGCCAGUCUCCAGAGCAAUUCAAGAUGCAGAAGCUGCUGGAGCUGAUAAGAGAAAAGUCGGAGGAAAUGGCCCAGAGACAGCUCUUGAAGGACCAAGGCCUCACAAAAGAACACCCAAAAAGAGUCCUUCGGUCUCAAGGCAGCACCCUCCGGGUCCAGCAGAGACCUCAAAAUUCCAAGGUGACACAUAUCUCAAGCUGCUUUGGGCACAAGAUAGACCGGAUCGGAUCCGUCAGUCGUUUGGGCUGUAACGGUGAGCACCUACCUUGCCACUUCCCUGCAAAGCUGCACACCCAUCCCAUCCCCGUGCAUGCUACCCUUAGAGGCCCCUAGGUUUGCUAUCUGGCAUACUCCUGCAGCCUGUCAGGAAAUAUCACAUGGGUUCUGCAUUACAUUCUCACAGGUCAGCACCUACCUUCCAUCAGAGGGGUCACACGCUCUGAGGGAGCAGACUGCCUGAUGUCUAAUCACCCCUUCACAAGGCAGAAAGAGUUCUGAGCAUUUCCCCUCAGGCAAAGGGCAUGCCCAACCCACUUUACAGGAGAAACAGAGGCCCUGUGAGAUAGCUUUUUCCAGAGCCUUAAACUUCGACAUCAUCUGGGGACUGAAGAUGGGGGUGUGGUGGUGGUGGGGGACUCGGCACCUGCUUCAGUUUCACUUCCGAGUGUGACAUUGCCCUGUCUCUCCUCCCCACAGCACUGAAGUUGUUGUAGGAAGACCUCCUGGCUGCAGGAGACUCCAGUUUCUGACUCUGCCUGGGUCUCUUUCCCCAGCUCUGGGACCACCUUUGAAGUGAUCCUAUUUAUUUAUUUAUUUAUAUUUAUUUUUAUUUUUAUUUUUUAAUUUAUUUUGUUGUUUUUCUACAAGACUGUUUCUUAUCUUGGAGCACAAACUUGCCACAACAUAAUAAACAUAGCGUAUUUCCUGCUUUUGAAAAGGA